AUGUCCAUUGAAGCUUUGGCGAUGGCGGGCGCAGACUACAUGGAAUGCGGUAUCAACUUCGAAGAGUGGGAGUCGAACGAUGGCCUGAAAGAUCCACCACCCUAUCUGUUAGCUGAUGAGCAGAGUUUUGAUGUUGAUCAGUUCCUCAGAACAAAGAGUGGUGCUGAUGAUAUGUUGGCGUUUGAUAGUGAUUACACAAAGCGAAAGCUUCUUGAAUGGGCUAAAUCUGUGUUUCAAUGUCUAACAUUGUAA